AUGUCCAUAGAGAGAAUCUGCAUUGUUCUUCUUCUUCGAGAUGAGAUCCUAUUAUGGCAAAGAGAAGAAGUUAGGUUAUUUUCAGCGAGAUUCCGACAAGAAGAUAGGAAACUGAUUCUUUGGAACAUGGAGAAACUGGAGAUGGCUUUGUCUCUAACAUUCCCUUUCAGCACUGGAGUGUUCAUCGGCGUUGAUGAAGACAAAUCCGGGAUUUUAGCUGCCAUCGAAGAGAAAAUUGCUAAAGCCACGAGGAUCCCUAUAUCUCAUUACGAGUCAUUCAACAUCUUGAGGUAUCAGCUUGGCCAGAAGUAUGAUUCACAUUAUGAUGCAUUCAAUCCAGCUGAGUAUGGUCCCCAGAAAAGCCAAAGACUCGUGUCUUUCCUGUUGUACUUAUCAAGUGUCGAAGAAGGUGGAGAAACGAUGUUCCCCUUCGAGGUGCAGAAUGGGAAGGACAUGAAUGGAAGCUAUGGUUAUCAGAAGUGCAUUGGUCUGAAAGUAAAGCCACGGCAAGGAGAUGCCAUUUUCUUCUACAAUUUGUUCCCAAACGGAACAAUCGAUCAGGCUAGUGUUUCGGACAAUAAAAAACAAUUUAGGACAUAUUGUAGACCUCUCCAUGGAAGUUGCCCUGUUAUGAAAGGGGAGAAAUGGGUUGCCACCAAAUGGAUAAGAGACCAACCAUAUGAAGAUUAUGCAGAUUGA